AUGCAUCGGAAUUUUCAAACAGAAUAUCCUCCAUCUAGACUAUCUAUCUAUCUAUCUAUCUAUCUAUCUAUCUAUCUAUCUAUCUAUCUAUCUAUCUAUUUCAGUGUUAUCAUAUCUAUCUAUCUAUUUCAGUUCCUUUCAUAUCUAUCUAUUUCAGUCUUAUUUAUCCAUCUAUCUAUCUAUCUAUCUAUCUAUCUAUCUAUCUAUCUAUCUAUCUAUCUAUUUCAUCUUUUCAUAUCUAUCACACUAUUUCAUUCUUAUCACAACUGUCUAACUAUCUGUCUGUCUAUCUAUCUAUCUAUCACACUCUUUCUCUCUUUCUCUCUCUCUCUCUAUCUAUCUAUCUAUCUCUCUCUUUUCAUAUCUAUCUAUCUAUCUAUCUAUCUAUCUAUCUAUCUAUCUAUCUAUCUAUCUAUCUAUCACAGUCUGUACACUUCUAUCUAUGUAUUUAUUUUAUUACUGAUCUAG